UCUGGAAUCCUCCGCCAUCUUGGAUCAGGAGGGGGUUUAAAGCGGUAAAUAAGUAGGAAAGCCGAAAAAUAUUCACUUAUUUAGCCUUAUUUAGAUUUGGCAAUAUGAUUAUCUGGGAAAAUGAGAACGAAUGACUGCGUAUGGAGUUUCGAGAUUCACUAAUUUAGCUUAGAAUGAGAAAGACGACAAGUAAAGCCAGCAAUUCUUAGAUAACAAGGUUGGGUGAUUUUUCAGUAGAUAAAGUUGUUUUGUUUAUGUUUGUCCAAUUAGGACAUGGAUUCUUCAAACUCAGACAUGUCAGAUGUGGGGCCUUUGGGGCUCGGGGGAGUGGGAACGUCUCCAUCCGGUGGGGCUGUGGUUGCCAAAGGGACCAACAAAAGACGAGCUGGCUCUGAUUUUGACGAUGAUGAAGGAAGCAAGCUGUUCAGAUGUGAUGAUGAUUCCGGUGGCAAUAAUGACAAAGAGCGCUUUGCCAGGGAGAACCACAGUGAGAUUGAGCGUCGGCGGCGUAAUAAGAUGACGGCCUACAUCACGGAGCUGUCCGACAUGGUGCCCACGUGCAGCGCCCUGGCCCGAAAGCCAGACAAGCUGACCAUCCUGCGCAUGGCCGUGUCACACAUGAAGUCACUCAGAGGGGCCAACACGUCACCCGAUGGCACUUACAAGCCAGCCUUCCUCUCAGACCAGGAGCUGAAGCACCUGAUCCUGGAGGCGGUGGACGGCUUCCUGUUCGUGGUGUCUUGUGACUCGGGCCGCAUCGUCUAUGUGUCGGACUCAGUGACGCCAGUGCUGAACCAGUCGCAGUCUGAUUGGCUGGGCUCCUCGCUCUACGACCAGCUGCACCAGGACGACAAGGACAAGCUGCGCGAACAGCUCUCCACCUCCGAGAACAACAACGCAGGCCGUAUGCUAGACCUGAAGACAGGCACAGUCAAGAAGGAGGGACAGCAGUCUACUACAGCCAGGAUGAGCAUGGGGGCCCGCAGAUCAUUCAUAUGCAGGAUGAGGACGGGGGUUUGUCCGGUGGAGCCCGUGUCAAUGAACAGGCUGAACUUUCUCAGGAACAGGAACAGGAAUGGUCUUGGAGCGCCUAAGGAGGGGGAGCCCCAGUAUGUGGUUGUCCACUGCACUGGCUACAUCAAGUCAUGGCCACCCGCAGGUGUGACCCUCUCUGAGGAGACUGAUAACAACCAGAAUAAUCGAUAUUGUCUGGUCGCCAUCGGCAGACUACAGGUGACUGCGUGUCCGAGUGACUCAGCCUCCAGCUCCCUCAACACCCCAGUGGAGUUCAUCUCACGACACAACAGCCAGGGAGUCUUCACAUUCGUAGACCACCGCUGCAUGGCCACAGUGGGAUACCAACCUCAGGAACUUCUGGGGAAGAACAUUCUGGAACUGGCCCAUCCAGAAGACCAGAGUCUACUCCGAGACAGCCUUCAGCAGGUGGUGAAGCUGAAAGGCCAGGUGAUGUCGGUGAUGUUUCGCUUCCGAUCUAAGUCUCAAGAGUGGAUUUGGAUGAGGACCAGCUCCUUUACGUUCCAGAACCCUUUCUCAGAGGAGAUAGAGUACAUCAUAUGCACCAACUCCAACGUCAAAGGUCCUACUCAGGAUGCUCUGAGCCCCCUGUCGUCCCCCGGGAUGCCCCCCCUCCCCAUCGCCAUGGGGCAGAGCAGCCCCCCCUGCCCCUCCGCCCUCAGCCCCCCGCAGGUACAGGUACCUGUCCAGGUACAGGGAUCGGUCAGGCAGCUUCAGCAGCAGCAGCAGGCAGAGCUUGAAGGGGCAGGAGGGAACGGCAUGUAUGACACCGCCCAGGUCACCAUGUCACAGGUCUCUGUGCAGGCACUAGGGGGUGCUGUGGCUGCCUCCAGUAAGCCGCUGGGCAAAGCAGAGCUCUACUCAGACAGAGAAGCACACUUCUCUGAACUCUUCACAGAUCAGCCCAAGCCUCUGCCCACCACGUCUGCCCCAGCCACCCAGCAGAUGUACCCACAGCCCAACACAUUCUCGGGUGCGGGGAGACCAGCUGAAUACAGGCCAGUGGGGAUGCCUGCUCAGAUGGGCCAGGCGGCUCCGUCAGCAGGGCAGAUGCUGGCUCAGAUGUCGCGCCAGAGUGGCCCAGCAGGGGGAGUGGUGAGCAGCAGUAGCCCCAACCAGGACCAGGCUGGGGCCAUGGCAGGCUGGCAACAGCAGGGGGCCAGACCUCCCUUCAACACACAGCAGGGGGCAGUACCCACAGUGAAGUCUCCUCCGUUUGGCAUGGGGGACUUUGGCUCUUCCUCGUCUGCAGCUGCCUCUUCCUCCUACGGGCCCAUGGGCAGUGUAGUCGCCCACACUCCCAGCACUGCGUCCUACCCCACACUCGGCUCAUCGACUACUACCAACGGCUAUGGUAAUGGCAGCCAGGCCGGAGCGCAGUUCCCCUCCAGGCCAGGGGAGGCAGUGUGGGGCCAGUGGCAGGGCCAACCCCAAGCCCAGGGGGGCGCCAAUCCGCAGGACUAUCCAGAUGUGCUAUCCAUGCUGGAUCAGCCUGGGAGCUUCAACAGCGAAGACUUCAUGUUCCCCCCUUUCAAUGAAUGAGCCUGCUGGAAUCUCUCUCUCUCUCUCUCUCUCUCUCUCUCUCUCUCUCUCUCUCUCUCUCUCUCUCUCUCUCUCUCUCUCUCUCUCUCUCUCUCUCUCUCUGUCUCUCUCUCUGUCUCUCUCUCUGUCUCUCUCUCUCUCUGUAAGUCUUUUUCCUUGUAUCUUCUUUCCUCUGGGAGUGGCUUCUUUUUCUUUGCCUGUCUCCUCCUCUCCUCCUCUACGCUUCACCCCACUGGAGAAUGACCAUGAUGCAUCUGUUGGAAUGAUACCGGAGAGAAGAAUCGGAGUAACCAUGGAAACCGAGGAUUAUGUCCGGUUCUAGAACUCUCCUGCUCUGGACCAGAAUCCUUCUCACUUUUUUUUCCUCUGGAGGAUUUUGUGACUGCUUGUUCUUCUAGAGAGUUCUUUGAGUCUGGCAAGAGGCUGACUUCAGGACCAUUUGCAACGAGAGGAGAGCGGGACUGCAAAGGAAAAGGAUGGCAGGACAUUUCACUGCCAGAGCAGUAGUGUGUAAACACACGCACCCAAACACACGCACACCCAGUCACGCCUCACUAGACAUUGCACACCUCACACUGCAAGCGCACAAUCAUGCCACCAAAAGCACAAAUUGUCCCACACACUGGUGCACUGCCACUCUUAAAGAACUACUGCACACUGCCCUAGACACACACACACACACACACACACACACACACACACACACACACACACACACACACACACACACACACACCAUGCUGUGUUUUCUGGUGGAUGCUCUUGUUUUCUACUGUGCUAUGUCUCCUGUUGCCUCCAGGAUAAGUUUGCCUUUGUCUUCUCCAUGUCCACACUGUUCCCCACCCCCCACCCCUCUCCUCAUAUCUGAGGGGACUCUACCAUCCCACACACACACACACGCACACACAUGUAUGCAUCUCUUCCAUCAAACCAGAAGUCCUUGUGACAAGGACGGACGAUACCUCUUUCAAGCUCCAAAAAGAAACCCAGUUGCCUACAGCCUGCCUUUGGACACACACACACACACACACACAGCAUGAACGCUGGCCCUUUACUCUUAACUGUCCACAACCCCUACUCUACCUUACUGAGGGGUCGUGGCGACUGCUGAUGAUGUCACGUCGAGACAGACUCUGAAGAGGACGUGACAACGUGGAAACGUUCGUCUUGGCACUUGCCCAGGGCAUUUAUCACAUUUUUGGAAAACACACAAACACACACCUGAUGUACUUCUCAAUGUUUCCUGGGGCAACCAGCUACACUCUUCAGUCAGUCUCUUGGUUUUUUUUUUUUCCGUUUUUUUUUUUUUUUUACAAAAAACAAUUGUAGUCGCAUCUUUUUUUUUAAAAUGAAAACUUCUAUUUAAGAGAGCAAUAAUCAUGCAGGUUGUUCAUUUUUUUUAAAAGCCAUUCAUUCUUUGUUGGUGUUUAUAGUAUUGUUACAGUUUUCUUUUAAUUUUGAGAACUAUGGACGAAGAGGAAGUAAUCUUAGCUUUCUUUGGACUUUGGGCUUUCCUCUUUUUCUUUUGGUGCCGUCUACUCUCCCAGAAAACCUGAAGGGGUAUUCCAAGAAGCUGUUUCAGCAAGUAAAACCAGGAUUAGUUAGCGUUGUGGUAAUGGUAAAUGGCCUAAUGGGAGAGUCUGGAGUCCUCAUUUUGAUGCCUGCCGGUAAUCUAUUAUUAGGUUUCUGUACCACUUCCUGUGGGUUAUUUAAGAGAGGUUCAUCAUUUAACAAGGUUCUUGGAAUCCGGCCCCAGCCCCAGCCAGUCAAGGGAGGUACUGCAGCUCCCCCUCUAAACUUCUAGAGAUCUGCCGAAUCAGGGAUGAACUUUGUGAAAGAACCUCAACUUGGUGCUCAUAGAACCAAUUGCUCUACUUAGAAACCCAAAUAUUUAUUAUUGAAAAAUUGAGUAGCAAACUAGGGUCUUUUCGUUUUAUGUUUAGGUCCAUGUAGGUUCUCCCCAAUGAAUUAAUUACUGAAAGUUUGGCUUUGUCUGUUUUAAUGCAUGUUGUCGCGCACACCUAUUCAAAUCAUUUGAACUAAUUAAGGAACUAUUCCAUAUGGCUUUUGGAUUAACUGUGGUGGUAUCCACAAACGGGCUUCACAUGUAGACAUUGUUUACCUUCUAUACUCUUCUUUAUGCAAGGGAUCAGACUCUGAGUACACAGGAAGUGUGUCUGUGUGUGUGUGUGCGUGCUCUGCAGUCCAAGUGGGCAGCAAGUGUGUGUGUGUGUAUGCGUGCGUGCGUGCGUGCGUCCAAGUGGAUGGCAAGUGUGUGUGUGCGUGUGUGUGCGUGUGUGUGUGCGUGUGUGUGUGUGUGUGUAGGGGGGUAUUGCAGUAUUAGUGUUUAGUGGCUAGUCGUGCCCAAGUGCGUCUGAGGUGUGUGCUUGCCCAUGCAGGCAGCUACACAGCCCAGUAGCGUCUCUGACACUCAGGUGGGCGGGCCUUAAAGCCAUGGAAUCCAAAGCCUCCAGAGAUCCUAUCAUGACAAAGCUCUUUCCUUUUUCUUUCUUUAUUUUUUUUGAUUAGGUGAUGUUUAGAAUAAAAAUCCUGUUUUAUCAGUGUUUGUACUGUUUGCAUGUUUCAAGGGGCAGUUUUUUCAGAUGUCAAAACAUGUCUGUAUGUAACAACACAAGCACACACACCCACACCUAGUACUUUUCCAUGUUUUAAAGGGUGAUUGGUAUCUGUUGUGUCUAUUGAUGAUGUGGAACCACUUUGGUUUUCCCUUGUCCGGGUUUUUACAAUGAUGUGAAUUGCAGUUUAUAUAUUUCACCUAGAUACACAAAAUAUAUGGAAAAAUAUGUAUAUGAAAUGUUAAACAAGAGAAAGAGAAUGUUGUUUGUUUUGUUUUCUUCUUUUUGUAUUAAAUCAUUAUAUUGUCAAGAAAUGGCGAGACUUUUUGGGGGGCUACAGGCCUAGGAUGGGCUUAGUUUACUUCAGAGGUGGCAAACUCGGGCCUGGGGGGCAUAUGUGACCCGCAGAGUCAUUACUAGACAGACAACUGCAAAGUGAUGCUCAAGCAACACUUAAUUUAAUAUACGUGUAACAUUCGGGUAUUUUGUUUGUGAACGAACAGUCCCGCCCCUUUUUGGGGAAAAACAAACCAAAUGUCUCAGUAGAUGGUGAACAACGCUAGUCUACAGGUCCUUGUCUUUUGUUUCUUCUGUCUCAAUAUCAACAUCAACUUGCCUUGCCUUGCCUUGCCUUAUAAAGGGCCGUAACGCACAUGGCACGUGUCCCGCAGUUUACACGUAUGAUCACCCAGGCUAGGAGUCUUGUUGGUUAUACAGUAAGCUACUGCACUGUACAUACAUUUCAGUACAGUUUUCACUGAGGGUGUGGUGCUCCCAUAUCAAGACACUGAGUCGAUAGAUUUGGAGGAGACAGUUAAAAGAAAUGUCUUCCUGAUUCAACAUGACCUUGGUUUACACCUAAAAAGACUGCAUUGUUGUCAAGUGGACAAACUCAACGCAAGGACCAGAGGGAAGCACUGCAUUUUGAAGC